AUGCCAGAUGUCGACGUCCUCCUCCACACUGGCGAUUUAACCAAUUUUGGCGAAUUAAACGCUUUGAAAGAUUCCAUCAAAAUGAUGGGAACGAUCACAGCCGAAUUAAAAUUGGUCAUUGCUGGAAACCAUGACAUAUCUCUUGACAAGCAAAACAGGGUGGAGAAUAUGUCUGAUGACGAGUAUUUGGAAUACCAUCAUUCUGCCCUCGAAAUCAUGACGGGUCAAUCGGCAAAAGAUGCAGGAGUUACCUAUCUCAAGGAAGGUACUCAUACAUUCACACUUAAGAAUGGUGCUAAAUUCACACUAUACGCCUCACCGUACACUUGUGGUUCCAUGGGAUUCCAAUAUCAAAUAAACGAAGAUCGAUUCAAUUACGCAACUCAAGUCGCCCCAGGCCAAACUUCGAUCGCCACCAAUCCUAUUCCUGAGGGAGUCGACAUCGUCAUGACCCACGGCCCUCCACAUACGAUACUUGACCAAGUCGACGGUGAAUAUAAAGGUUGCCGCAAUCUUCUCCGUGCCGUUGGCCAUGUUUGA